AUUACAAUACGUUGAUUUACGUUAAAGUAUUUACUAAUAAUUUGCUUGUUUUAAUAAUAGAUAGCGACAAAUGUCUGACGUACUCCACCGUCGUGGCUUCCUCGAACGACUGCGAAAAGGAACUGGGAAUUUUGUCCGAAAAUUCAUCCCGUGUUUCACCAGGCAGAACCUAGGUGACUUAACAGAAAGCGAAACAGAUCUUACCCCAUCGAUAUAUUCCGAUUUUUCUUCGUUGGCGUUAUCGUCCGUAACAGACGAUUCCACGAGAAAUCGGAAUCAAUCGGCUUUGACACAUGAACCGGAUUUUACUCCUACAGAGACCAUUUUACAAGACUUUGACCUGUUUCAACGAAGGUCCCUCGAAGAUUUCUCUUCGAUCCAUGCUGACACUUGCGAUGAACUGUUUGACGAACAAAUAGACUUUGAUGACAAUAACUCAAAUGAACACACCACGCCUUGUAUUCCACUGAUAGUGAGAGACUUCUUUAAAGAAAGUUCUAUUCAUCUGAAACAUUUUUCUCGGGUCAUCGUAUAUUCUGCAGAUGGCCAUGUGACCAUGUCUAUAAAUCUCAGCUAAAUUAGAGAUGAUAAGCCAGCUGUAUAGAAUAGAGUAUAGAAUAGAGAAAUUGCCAUAGCUAUACAGCAAAAAAACAAUUAUCCGAUGUUCUAACAAUCCUGAAAAUGUAGCGGACUUAAGCUAAGGAGAAAAUACAGAGAGAGGGUUAUCCGGUUUUGGGUGCCACAUGUGAAGACACCCUCGCCCUUUCUGGUUUAAAUGAAAGUAAAUUUCGUAAAUGAUAAAAAGGGGA